GGUCGGCCUGUUGGGCGGCUUGGCGACGACAACGUUUUUGCGACGCGACGUUUUCGUGUGUAAAAAAAAAACGUCCACCCUCUUCUCCCCUCCUCCCCCGUACAAGAGAAACGAAUAAUGUGAAUGCCGAGUGUGCGUGCGUACUGCUGCCUGCUUUUUUUAUUUGAUUUAUCGGCGACACGGAGCUCUGCAUUAUCGACGGGAGUGAGUGCGAAUUAAUUUACGCGAGCAACUACCUCGGAACUCUUCGACCCCCUCCUGCCCCCCGCUCGGCUCCGGUCUUUUCCUUUUUUUGUCGUGCCUCGUCUGUGGUGCGUGGUCAAUCGUUGGCGCGGUCAGCCCAUGGAUAUAUAGAUCGCUUUUAACUCCUCUUCGCUUUGUGAUACUACUUUGCUUCGAUAGGAAUGAAUAUCUAUUCGUUUUCUUCACUUUUAUUCUCCUGUAUCUCUUUUCGAAUUUGUUUCGUUUAUUGUCAACGCUCGCGAAGAGUGCGAAGAGGCGUAUCGAUGCGAACGACCAGUGGAAAUUAAAAAGGAGAUCAUUCCUCGGUGUUUUAAACAUAUUUUUAUCUAUCGAUGAAUAAAAAAGUUAUUACAUAUACAUGUACGAGUGCACAUAAAUACGUAAUAACGUGGUGAGUGAUGCCAAGCGUGUCUCUUGGCCACUAUUCCUCGCGAGAGUGCGCCCGUGGAUCUUACCUGUGUCUUGUGUCAGUUUUACGUACGUGCGUGCGUUCAGUGCAUCUGUGAAUAUACGCGCGCGCGCGCGCGCACGCACACACACACAUAUAACAGUGUGUAUUGUUUCGUAAAGUGCGAUUGAUUACGACGCCACGAGAGUCACUCACACCCCGCUGAGAUAACAGGAUUAAAAUAAUCAUAAUAAUCACAAUAACGAGAAUAAGGGAGAACAAAAAAAGUUAUACCAAUAAAGAAAUUACGACUCGGGCGCAGCUCCGGGCAGAUGCUAUAUUUUACUCCGAUAUGCUAAUAUGGAGGAUUCGCCGGCGUGAUUCAUUUUCAUGAAGAAUGAUCGACACUCGCGUCAAGAUCGUUCGAUCGUCGAAAAGUGUCGAUGAGGAGAGUCGAGGAAAUGCGUUGGUUUUACUCUACGUUGGAUUUCCAGGACGCCUGAGGGAUUGAAUUAACCGUUAUUGGGAAACAAGGCGAAACACACACGAAUACGCACACGCUACAAGUUGGAUUUUGGUUUUGAAAGUUGGUGAUUAUGGUUGUAGUUGUUCUAGUUAUGGAGAGUGCUUGAAUGGCGAUGCCAUUAAGUGUGCAGUGGCUGUGAUUGAGCACAGUGAUGAUAGGAUACAAGUGACGUGUGGAUUAAGUGGUGGGAAGCUCAAAGUUGAGUAUACACGUAGGAUCGAAACGGCGAGUGAGAGGUGAAAGUUACGGGCAAGAGUUCGCGAACAAGAAGAGGAAGAGGAAGCGAGGGAAGAGAGUUUGUGUGUGUGUGCGUGCGUGUGUGUGUGUGCGUGCGUGUGUGUGAGAGAGAGAGAGAGGGCAAGAGAUAGGAAGAAAGGAAAAGAGUAGCAAAGGCAGAAAAAAGGUUGACGAAAAGGCAGAGAAAGAAGAAUAAAAAGACACGAAUACGGGGAGUAAUAAAGAAGGGUCGUCGGAUAAUUGAAAUAGUCGAAGAGUGAUGUGUUCGAUGGACGUGACGCGUCUUGAGGGCGGUGGUCGUCGUCGGAGCAAAGCAAUAAUCGUCGAAAGUGUUACAACGGCGAUUCGGGACUCGAUAUCGGGGAGAAAAGGCAUCGAGUCGGUGGCCAGGCUGGCGGGUGCCGGGGAAACGGUUUCAAGGGCAUGGCGACCACGCCAAUAGGCGGUCGCCUCCCUAACAUUAACCGCAAAGGAAACUCGCCGUGCGCGGCUCCAUUGGCAACAUUAACAUCGGAAAGGUGUGAAUCGAAGGAAAGUGAAUUUUCAAGCUCAUCGAUAACAUCCAUUGGCAACAAUAAUCAACAAAAAUUGAAAGUUAAAAACUCGGAUGAAACAAAAGAUCAGCAGCAGCGGAACAAUAACGAUCAACGACAAGUUGAUAAAUCGUCAACGGCAUUACGUGAGCCGAAAGCAGGCACGGUGGCUGCUAACGCCGUGGAAACGGACACGGCCGCGACGAAUGCGACCAACAACUUCGAAUACGACGACAACGAGUGGGACAUUGGCAUUGGCGAUCUUAUAAUCGAUCUUGAUGCUGAUAUCGAGAAGACGAGGGACGAGAAAUUGAGCUCGGGAAACGGGAUGGCUUCAACGCCUGCCUCGGCAGCAGCCACAUCUAAUACGGCCGGACAACAGAACUCGUCGUCGUCUUCCUCAUCGUCAUCAUCAUCGACAUCGAACUCUCCAUCCUCCUCGUCCCUAUCCGGGGGAUCCGCGUCGUCGAAUCAAGCAACCGCGAACGGUCCGAUUAGCGGUAACGGUAACAGCAACGUUCUCAACAACGGCCAGUCAUCAUCGUCGUCGUCGUCGUCGUUGUCUUCCACCUCCUCAAAUUCUUGUUCACAAAACGUAGGUACGAAUAACAUUGGUGGUGCAAACAGUUCGGGAGUUACGGGUGUCGCUGCGAACGGUGUUAACGGCGUUGCCCCCGUUGGCAACAACGCGAACAAUCAAAACGGUAACGUUCUCACCGUAAACGUAGCCAAUUCCAAUAAUAACAAUCCUAACGCUAACAACCCUGGCACAUUGACCGGUAACAACGGUACGAACAUUGGUAACGGCCAGUCAUCGAGUUUGCCAGUUGGCGUCGGUGGUGUUGGUGUUUCCGGUAGUAACAGCGCGAGCGCGAGCGCUAACGGUAGUAACGGAUCGGCCAGCGGCGGCAUUUUAACCGGAACCGGCAAACAACAAUCCAGUUCGGUUAACGCGUCCCAUACCAACGCCGGUAAUCCCGGCAAGAUGGCAGUUGAACACUCGGCUACGGUGGACAAAGGCCUUAAAAUGAAGAUCAAACGCACGAAACCGGGCACGAAAACGAGCGAGGCGAAACACGAAAUUGUCAAGUCUAACGAGCUCAACGGUAACGGUUCCAAUCAGGACGGCAGCAAUGCUAAUUCGUCCUCAUCCACUGCCUCCAAUUCAUCGCUAUCGACCUCAUCCAACUCGUCCAAUUUGUCCUCGUCAUCCUCGUCCUCCUCCUCCUCCUCCUCCUCAUCAUCCUCCUCCGGCUCGGCCAACGCGGCGGCCUCGUCGGCCAAUCCCUCGAGCAAUUUGUCCACUCAGAACGCCAACUCCGAGGUCCCAACGAGCGGUAACAGCACUGCGAGCAAUUCGAACAACAAAUCGAAACCUCAUUCACCGGCUUCCGCCGGCUCCGGUACCCCGGCUUCCUCCAACGCCAGCUCCAAGCGCGGCUCCAGCGGACACAGACGCGACAAAGCCCGCGACAAACACGAGAAGCAACAACCCCAAAGCAGCAAUCACAGCGGGCAAACGAGUAAACCCGAAAUGAACGGGACUGCCAGACCGGUUACCCAAAGUCAAAACUCCACCGGUGCUGCCACACAGUCCCAAGGGCCAACCCCCGCCGCUACUGCCCCCCAACAGCCUCAAGGUCAACCCCCGAGCUCCAGAACCGGUUUUAACGUCUCGCAAACCGGUGGGGCUGGACCACCCGCGACCAGCGCCGCUGCUCCUUGCCCACCUCCCAGUCCGGCUUCCGCUACCGCUGCCGGUUCCGCCGCUAAACCGGAACAGACCAAGGUCGCCGCUGUACCUGGACCAAGCUUGAACACUACCAGCGACGAGGCCAUGGAUACCGCAGCGUGCAGCCCUCCACCCGCCAAGAAACUCAAAACUUCCAAUUCCUCCGAAACUAAGGACAUGUCGGACGUUUGCGUCGGGACGAGUGUAGGAACGAUCACGGAACCGGAGUGUUUGGGGCCCUGCGAGCCUGGCACAUCGGUGACCCUCGAGGGUAUCGUUUGGCACGAAACGGAAGGAGCAGGUGUAUUGGUGGUGAACGUAACGUGGCGGGGUAAGACGUACGUUGGUACGCUGUUGGACUGUACGAGACACGAUUGGGCGCCCCCGCGUUUUUGUGAUUCGCCGACGAGUGAUUUGGACGCGAGGACGCCAAAAGGACGAGGGAAACGUGGUCGCGCAGCAGCGAAUUCGACUCCGGGCAACGACCUGAGUAAUUUUACGGAGACGCGAAGUUCGGUGCACAGUAAGCUGAGAAACGGUGGUGCCAAGGGUCGCCGUGGUGCGCAAGGUUCACCAGCGGCGAGUCCGAGUCCAGCGGCGUUUGUGCCACCGAGACCGGAUCCAGCGGCCAAGAGGAAGUCCCGAGGUCCCGAGGAGGAAGAAAAGACUAAAAGAAGAGCUCCCCCGCCGACGCCACCGAGUGGCUCACCUCCGGCGAGCCCUAUUCUUCUGGAAUGCCCAGAACCGAAUUGUAGUAAAAAGUACAAACACAUAAACGGUCUCAAGUAUCAUCAGAGUCAUGCCCAUGGUUCGGCGGACGAUGAAGAUACGAAAGAGGGUAUAACGAGUACGUCGGAGAACGACGAGAGUAACAUUGAAGCGCCGAGUCCGGCGACGCCGGUGAAAUCGCCAGCUGAAAAGACCGAAGGUACUCCGGUCCGAGCGACGAGUCCUUCGGCCAGUUCGUUACCACCGGAAACGCCACCACCGCCGCCCCGAGUGCCAUCCCCAUCCGCGGAACCGCCUAUUCCAAACAUUUCGGAUAAAACGAAUAUCGUUAAACCGGGUGUAUUGAGAUUCGGCCAGGAUGAUUUACCCGCCCCACCGGUCGUCGUUGCAGCCUCACCGGUCGUUAAUAAUCCACCGAUUACGACCCCAGUUCCUGUCCAGGCUCAACAACAAUCGCAACAGCCACAACUACAGCAGCAGCAACAGCAGCAGCAGCAGCAACAACAACAACAACAACAACAACAACAGCAACAACAGCCACCUCCCUCGAGAACGGUUCAACAACAAGUUCCGUCAACGAAUCCACCCCCGCAAAGCCCCAGUCCGCAUACGAGUCAGUCACCAAGGCCAGUUCCCUCGCCUCAUCCUUGCACGAGCAUUCCACAACCUUUGAACAUACCUCAGCCUCCACAACCUACGCAAGCUGCCGUAACUGCUGCUACUCAUCAAAAUCAACAAAGUCCUCUUCUUCAAGUGCCCCAGCAACAGCAAGUCCCACAACAACAGCAGCAGCAGCAGCAACAACAACCUCCGACCCAACCACAAUCUCAACCGCAGGCCCAAACCCAACCUCAACCUCUUACGGUACAGCCACCGCAGCAGCAACCUCUCCAAUCUAUUAUCCCACAAUUACCCUCGCCGCAGCAACAAUUACCACCGGCGCAUCAACUGCCACCGCUGCAGCAUCCGAUGCCAACAUCUCUCGGUCAACCGGCACCUGCUCACGUAGUUCAUCAAUCGGUUUUGCCGCCUCAACAACAAGCCUCGCAACAGCCUCAAAGUUUACAAGCUUUAAAUCAACAUCCGGGUCUACAGGGUCUAGCAACGCAAAUAUCGCAACCGGCGGGUCUCCAAAACUCGUCACCGGCGGUAGUUCACCCGGUGCCAGGUUUACAGUCACACUUGUCGCCCUAUCCGAGCGUCGGUCUUCACCCGAAAAUGCCACAGUUCAAAGUGAAACCGACCGCGGCUCUAAUGCCCGAGCAGGAUAAGAGCAAAGAUCCCCGAACGCCCAAAUCGAGUUUCAAGAAGAAAUCUCGUAAAUCGCCCGGUGGAAGUCCUCAUCCCUCGCCGCUCGAGCCACCGAUCGUCGAUUCAGCCAGGGAGGAUGUACAGAGUCCUGCUUAUUCGGACAUAUCGGACGACGCUGCACCGGUACUCGAAGCGGAACAAGCCGACAAGGUCAAGCAAAGUCAGGAGAAGGACGUAAAACCUGGUCCGCAAACGCAUCUCCCUGCUCAUUUCAGUAUGUAUCCGUAUUACGGACAACCUCCUUAUCUCGUUCCGAACGUUCAAGAUAAACAAUCGGUCGAUCAAAAGCCCAGCGACCUUACCCCCAAGCAAGAGAUAAAACCGUUGAACAUACCGCAAAUGCCUUCGAUAACGAGCCUGCAGAAUGUUGAGAAGGAGAAGAAGGAAUUGAGCCAACCCCCGAGUAACUAUUACCAGUGCGGUUACGGCACUUAUAUACCGGGCUAUCACGCGUAUCAGCAGCAAGUCGUUGAACAACGGCAGCAACAACAACAACAGCAGCAACAGCAGCAGCAGCAACAACAGCAGCAGCAGCAGCAGCAGCAGCAACAGCAGCAGCAACAGCAACAGCAGGUGCAAAAUCAAUCGAUGGAUCAAGAUCCUCACGAGCAAAAGGCGAAAAUAAAACAAGAGCCUCAGUCCCAACAAACAAUCAUGAAGGACAAGCAACACGAGAAUCAUCAAAUUCUCAAAGAGAGCAUAGAGAUGAAGAGUCAAAUGUCACCUUACCACGUAUAUCACGGCUCUCAGAGUCAGCGAGGUCCACCGCCCCCUCCCAAUCCGGUCCAAGACGAUCGAAGGUAUUAUCUCUAUCCGGGUGAGCAAAGGCGCAAAGAGGAACCUCAGAAGCAACCGCAGCAAGCUAAACCGCCACCCCCGAGUCCGAAACAUCAGCCGAAACAAGAGAAACCGCAGGAUCUUGGUAAGAACGACGAGUCCAAGAACAACAAGCAAGAGGGCGUCAAACCGACCAUGGAGACUCAAGGGCCUCCUCCACCCCCGACCUCUCAAUAUGCCUACAUACAUCCGGGCUACAUGCCGCCCCAGCAUUACGGCGGUUUAUCCUUCGAUCCGAGUCAUCCGGUUUAUCGCGGCUUGAGCCCCAUGCUCGUACCUGGUCCCUAUUCCGGCAAUCCUUAUUUACAUCAAUUGCCGAGGUAUCACGCCCCCGAAGAUCUGAGCAGGCCCCCCGGCAAAGCUCUCGAUCUUCUCCAGCAUCAUGCCAACCAAUAUUACUCGGCCCAUAAAAUUCACGAGCUUCAAGAACGCGCCCUCAAAUCACCGACACCUAAAACUUCUUCCUCCUCGGCCAGCCCCUCCGCCGCUGGUCCGACACCGGCCAGACCACCGAGCGGACCACCCAGUUCCGUCGCCGGACCUGGGCCACCUUCCUCGGGACAACAACCCGGUGGGAAACAACAACCUGGCGUCAAUCAGCAGGGACAACAGGGCCCUGUCGACGGCGGCGUCGGUAACCUCGGCAAAGACAGCAGAUCUCCGCCGCCCCAGAGGCACGUUCAUACCCAUCAUCAUACCCACGUCGGGCUUGGUUAUCCACUGUUGACGGGACAGUAUCCCGCCCCUUACGGAGCGGCAGUGCUGGCGAGUCAGCAGGCCGCCGCGGUAGCUGCCUCGGUGAUAUCGCCUUUUCCGCCCAAGUGACCCACGGCCCCUGUCGCUCCCGUACCCGUCGCCGGAAACUCCGCACAAACCCAUCACAAUCAUCCGGCAACGAACGUUGGAAGCGCUGCUGCCCACUUGCACGGCAAUACCGGCGGCAGACAGCCUUAGGAGGAGCGAGAAGACGCCUCGAAAAGCAAAAAAAUUCCAUGUUUUCAAUCGCGUUUGAGGGCGAGCGGAGGGUGGCGUGGCGUGGGUUCGUCUCGUGUCUUUACGAAGCGCCCUCGUCUGUUAAAAUUUGAAAAUAAUCUCAAAUUCGAGUGAAUUUUGCAUUGCUCUACUGCGAAGACUGAACACGAUCCGCGAGGCUAAAAUUGUGGAGAAGAUAAUCGAAUGUAAACGGGGAAUGAAAAUAAAAAGUAAUUCUCAUGCGUUGCUCAUUGCGAGAUUCCCGAUAAAAAUAAUCGAACUCGAGUGCAAAGAAAGAAUGAACGAAAACACAAAAAGUUUUUUUUUUUUUUUUUUUUAGUACGCGAAAACUUCCACGUGCUUGUAUCGUCGUUUUUUCGCUUCUUCCAGUAGUGUCUUUCUUACAAUGGAAUAUAACGUUCUCCAUCGCGACAGGAAACACAGUAUAUUUCGGAAUUGCGCGAAGCGAUCGGCGGACCUCUCAGAUCUCUAUCGAUUCCAAACGAUUUUUAAACACAAAAAAAACGUAACUGAAACGCGAUGGCGAGAAAAAAUAGAAGAAAUCAUGGAAAAUAUUGAUUGAAGAAAAGGCUAUUCGUCGAUUUACAACAAAAAUUGUAUGAAUACUCCUGUGUAUCGACUUCGUAGACGUAAAUGAAAGAAAGGGAAAAAAAUGAAUCGACGUUUUAUCGGCCUCGUCUGUAAUAAAAGUAUAAAAAAAAAAAAAGAGGAGAUAGCCAGAUAAAAAACGUCGGAAUCCUCUGUGUAAAUAAUGUAAUUAAUGACGAGAUAAGUUGUAGUUUUAUGAACUGCAACAUUGUAUGGUAUAUAUAUACAUAUUGUAUGUAAAUGUAUACAUUUAAUUGUAGUUGAAUUUUAAGAAUUGUAAUACGAAUAACAGUAGACGAUAAUAUGUCGCGCGUUGUGCACACUUUUAUCUUGACCCUCCCCCCUCAAGCCUCCCAAAGCGCGACCAUUAUUUCCCAGAGAUCUCUCGAGGAGAGGGGAGGGAAGAAUGGAGGAAGGUAAAAGUGAAUGUGAAAAAAACGCAUAUUGGUGGAGGAGGACAAGAAUUUAUCAAGUUAGUGAUUUCUGAAAAUUCGAUUGUUUUGUAAUGACCGGAAACAAAGACGACGAUUCUGGAAGAAUAUUUAAAAAAUAUUUACAAAAACGUAUGUGUCCUCGACCACUGAUAACGGAACAAGAGUAAAAGAAAAACAAAAAAAAUAAACAAAAAAAGAUUCAUUGUGAAUCUCGCUAGACUGAAACUCACGAUAAAAACACGUGCGACUAAUGUUCAUUGAACAAAUCUCAUCCGCACUUCUGAAUUGAAUCUCGGAUUUAAUUCGCCCCUCGAUAUAGAGCAGAGACGAUUUACGAGGGAAUAAAAGCCCAGAAUGCGGAAGAACAAACAAUGCGAAAUCGGCGUGAUCGUGAGGCGACACAAAGUGAAAUUUUUGUCCUAAGUGUAAAGAGAGCGAAAGAGAGUCGCGGUCAUUUCGCGAAUCGAGAAACGAGUGAAUGUGCCAGUAUAAUGUAAACGAAUGAGCGAACAAUGAGAAAAGUUACAUUUACAGAUAAACAGACAAGUGAGAAUGAAAAUAUAAAAAUGGAGAAUGAUGCACGUAUGAGAAUAAAUCCACUGUCCGAAUCAAUGUAUUUUAUUGUAAAGAAUAAUUUGGAGACUUCGAUUUUUGUAGAGAAACAAAUAAUAAUAACAAUAAUAAUAACAAUAACAAUUAAUUAAUUAAUAAUAAUGAUAAAUAGUAAAGAUAAUGCGUAAAUUUGCUGAAUCUAUCUUGUAGAGAAAUAAAUUGAAUAAAUAAAUAACAAGUAAACAAUUUAAUUAUGUAACGAUAAUUAUUGGUAACGACAUAUAAAGUAUAUAUAUAUAUACACAUACAUAUAUAUAUAUAUCUAUAUGAAAGGAAAGAAGAUGAAAAAAGAAAACAAAAAAGGAUAUUUCGUAAGGCGGAAAUCACGAUUCUAAAUAAUUAAGAGGCGUUAAGUAAUUGUAAAUUGAAAGCUAGAAUGCUAUUUGUUUACAAAAAAAAAAAAUUCAAACGAUGCGAGAGACGAGCAAAGGAUUAUGAAUAAUGAUGAAUCAAUAAAUGAAUAAAUAAAAUACAUAACUUUUAGUUAGUAUCGUGCGAUCUUAGUGAGAAAGCGAGGGAGAGAGAGAGAGAGAGAGAGAGGGAGAGCGAAAGCAUGUGUGAAAGAUACGAACGAGAACAAAAAAUGUAUUUCAACGAUGAAAGAAUAACAAAAAAAAACGAAAUGUACUACUUAUAAAUAUACGGAGUAUAAGUAAGAACAUAAUAUUAAUUCGAUAAACUCCAUUGUUUACUUCUAUUUCUGUCUUCAUUUUUUAUCUUCGUCAUUGCCAUUGGUGAAAUGUGAAGGAAUACGUGUAUAAACGAAUAUUCAAUUAUUUUUUUAUUUUUUUUGUAGACUUUAAAACUUGGUGGAGUUUUGAUGUCGCAAAUAAUCAUUGGACUGUUGUUGAAAAUCGCACUUUGAUGCAAAUGCCAAAUCAAAGCGUAACGUUUUCUCCCUUAUUUUUCUAUUAUCGUUCUCCUUUUCGUUGUGAAAAAUAAAGUGGACACAAAAUAGAUUCCAAUUACGACUGAACGCUUCUUUAGUUUUGACAAGUCAUUUGUGCAGGGAAGAUUGAUUUGCGAGGGGAAAAAAAUUAAAAUUUAUUCUGGUGCUGUACUGUGAUUUUUGUAGGCAAAAAAAAAUAGUAAAAAACAUUGAUAGAGGCGUCGAGAAAUCGAAGGAAAGUUUGUAGCCUGUAUUUGCUUGAAAAUUCAAUUAUGUUGUUCUGUUAUUUUAGAAAGAACGCGCGAAUCGUUUCAAUGAAAUAUUACAUUAUUCAAAAAGUAACGAAAGAAUUAAAGAAAAAAAAUGAUGGAUGCAAAAAUUUAAAUAUUGGUAUUAGCAAUUCAUUUUCUGACGUUUGAAAAACUUAGUUUUUUCCUUCUCUCUCUCUCUCUCUUCAGUUGUGUAUUCAAAUUUUGCUAUAACGUUGCACAAUUUAUCCCAAGUUUAUUAAGAGAAAAAAUGCAAUGAAAACAUAUUCACAGGAAUAACGAAACCAAGUGGACUGAGAUAAAAUAUAUAUAAUUAAGUAAGGAGCUUUUCAUUUCUCCUUUUCUUUUCAUUUCGUAGGAUGCAAAAAAUACUGAAUCUAUUAAAGCUUUCAUAUAUAUGAAACGUAAACAUAAAAAAGAAUAACAGGCAACAGCAAAUACAAAAAUGCAGACAUAUUGUCGUUAAAUUGUAAGAUAUUGUGUUCAGGCUCCAGAAUGUAUUCUGAUACCCUUUCCCAGAUUAUUAUACAUAUAUACAUAUAUCUGUAUAUACAUAAAAUUGCAUUAUGCUCCAAAAUGUCCAUACAAAAAUAAAAAUAUUAAAAAAUCUCA